AUCUUUCAGACAAAACCUAACUAAAUUAGCAACUUAUGAACCUUCUUCAGAGGUUCAUAGCCACUGGGAAAGUCCUUCUAAUACAAGUGUGAAAAUCCCUAAAUUUAACGUGGAUAGUACAGUCGAGAAUAAAUAAGUUCCCUAAAGUUUCGGUCCUCCCUGAAAUAGACAAUGAUGCUAUGUCUAGUAUAGAAGAAUCUAUUGGUAAUAAGAGUAAGGAACUACUAGCUCACAAGAAAUCUAUGAGUUUUAACAUCCAUACAAAUGCACCCACCACUCAUCGUAAAUAAAAUCCAGUUGACCAAAGAAAAGAUAGGGGCAAUGAGAUAUGGACACAAUAGUUUUAGAGAUAAACAUGAUAACCUAAAAUUGAGCCCUCAUCAUAAAUAAAUCGAUUAAAAUAGGGGUAAACCUCGCUCGCAAAAGAAUUCAAUUUUACAACCAACCAGAUGAUCAUAGCCAACAAUUUUUGCUUCAGAACCUUCAAUCCCGUAGAAAGAGUACUUAUGAAAAAUAAUGUAGAAAACUUGGUCAAUAUCACCGCAAUGCAGUUCUCUGGUAUAACUGCGGCGAGGCUAAAGCACCUUCUCACCAGGAAACCUCAAGAAGAGUACACUCUGAAGAAGAAUUUUAAAUGGGAUUUUCACUAAAAUGCCACCUUCAUCUUGGAAGUAAGCAUGAAUCCAAAUUAGUAAAUUAUAUCUAAAGUGGCAAUAUGAU